CACAUCACACUGAUACACCAUAGAAGCUUUAAGCCUUUAACAUACUUCCUAUCUCGGCGGUGCUGGUGCCGGUGCCGGUGCGCACUGCUUAGAUGUAAGUCAUCUUAACUUUAAGGGCUUUACUGGAAAACACAUUUUUCGAAUUACCACCUAGGAUCCAACGUCUCUCCUCUUCCAGUCCUCGCAUCAGACAAAUUCAUAAUAUCACUGCAGUAGCCAGUAGUGUGGUAUAUCCACUUUCCAGUAUUCCAACAGCUUUCCUUUCUUACUGUCUCGCUGCUCUUACUCUGUAUUGCCGCUGCUUUACUUUCCCUCACUUCCACUCCACUAUCUCCAACAUCAUCAACGCUAUCAUCUCUCUCUAUGCUUUCUGUUUCGGGGAUACUUUUUUCUUUCUUUUCCUCCCAUUUUGUCUUCAAAACAAUGACCCUAAUAAUCUAAACUAGAAGAGGGCCAUUCGAAUCGGCUACCAUUGUUGAGUGUAUUCAUACUUCUGCUCAUUCCCUGAACCUUGCUGUUCAACUGCAAUGGACCAACCACCGGAAUCCUGCACCCAACUUGUUUCACCCACAUCCAUUGCCCCAGAUUCAGGCACCAAAACUCCACCACCCCAAACCCCAAAAUCUGGCACCAAUCAAACCCUCGUUUCCCAGAAUGCGCAGGACAACAACAAGGGCACCAGUUUCAGGGCCGAGAUCGAUACGUCUCCGCCGUUCGAGUCCGUAAAGGAGGCCGUUAGCCGCUUUGGUGGUAGCGGUGUUUGGAGACCUCCUCCCAAGCUCAUUCAAUCUGGGCAUGGUCCCGAGGAGGUUGAUAUAGCAAAAGUAGAGGAACAAGCUGUCCAGUUAGAGAAAGAUUUGAUUGUCAAAGAGCGGGAAACACUAGAGGUCUUAAAAGAACUGGAAUCAACAAAAAGGAUUGUUGAGGACUUGAGGUUGCAGCUCCAGAGAGAAACAUCCCAAGGAGCUGCAAACCUGGAUUCAAAUUCAGAUAGCAAGAAGAUAAAUAUAGGUGCUGAAGAAAAAGAAAACCAAAAUCCAGAAAAUGUUUUAGGGAUGCAUCAGAAUCCAGUGGAAGGUGUGAGCCUGCAUGCCUCUUCGUCUCCAGGUACAAUAUUAAUGGAAUUAAAGCAGGCGAAGGUGAAUCUAAACAGGACAACAAGUGAUAUUGUUGAAAUUCGUUCUUCUGUUGAAGAAUUCAACAAGAAGAUAGAGAAUGAAAGAAUCUCACUAGAAAAGACUCGCGAGAGGUUGACGUUGAAUUCUGCCAAGAUAUCUUCUCUGGAGGAAGAGUUAAACAGAACAAGGCUCAAAUUACAACUGACUAAAGAUGCAGAAAUUAAGGAUGGUUCUGAUAACCCAACCGAUAUUUCAAGGGAGCUCCAACAAUUAAAUUUGGAGGUUGAGAAGUUUAAGAAGAUGGCAGAAACUGCUCAAUCUGAAGUUUUGAAAGCAAUGUCAGAGAUCGAACAGACAAAGACGAGUAUAAAAACAGCUGAGAUCCGGAUGAUUGCAGCCAAAAAGAUGGAGGAAGCAGCUAGAGCAGCUGAAGCUGUUGCCUUUGCAGAGAUCAAGGCUCUAGCAAACAGUGAGAGCUCAUCUGGGGUUUUCCAGCAAAAUCCUGAAGGAGUAACUCUUUCUUUUGAAGAGUAUUCUUCCCUAACCCACAAAGCUCAACAAGCUGAGGUGCGCUCAAAGAAGAAGGUGAUAGAUGCCAUGCUUCGAAUAGAUGAAGCAAAUAUAUCUAAGAUGGAGAUAUUAAAGAAGGUGGAGCAAGCAGCAGAAGAAGUUAAAAUCAGUAAAAUGGCUCUUAAAGAGGCUCUGAACAGAGUGGAGGCUGCAAAUAGGGGGAAGCUUGCUGUGGAAGAGGCUCUGAGGAAAUGGAGAUCGGAGCAUGGUCAGAAAAGACGCUCAGUAUACAACUCUACCAAGUUCAAGAACUCCUACCCAUCUUACCAUCGCAGAGAUUCAAGGCUGCUUGAUCUAAAUGGACUGAACAUGAGUAUUGAUGGGUCAAAGCCUGUCUUGAGACCAACCUUGUCAAUAGGACAAAUAUUGAGCAGGAAGCUGCUUCUCCCAGAAGAGUUUGAAAUGGAGGAGAAAGAUAGCAUUGAGAAACCAAAGAUGUCACUGGGUCAGAUGUUAAGUAAAAAAAGUGGUGUUCUAUCUCCUCCUUAUAAGCCUGUUAAAGAAGGAAAUGCUCACAAACAAUUUUCUGCCAAGAGGAAGAAGUUUGCUUUUGCCCGGUUUUCACUCCUGUUGACGAAACAAAGUAAGAAAAAAAAGCAGGCACUUAAGUAAACUUACUUGGUCGUUUUAUUUGUCCAUCAACUCUUUUGUAAUUUUUGUCGUUCGUUUAUUUCCUUCUAGUUUGGACAAAUUAUGGUUAUUUCUUUAUCAUCUGUUUGUAAAGAUGUUUGAUAUACUGUUAUAUUUUCAUAUAUAUUUGUCAUUUCUCAAA